GCGAAGGAAGGAGACCGACUGGAAGCCCUUCACCGACCCGAAUCGAGAACUCUAUUUAUUGCGGCAUAUCGCUUCGACCUCAGAUAUACCCAUAUUAUUCCUGACUUCCAUCUCCGAACGACGUCGUUUUUCCCAGGCUUGAUUUCGGUGCAUGCAAGAAGUCAUCGCGUUUUAACAUGCCGGCGGCCAAAAUUACUUACAUCCAAGACCCAACUCAUCAGGAAGACCGGCUGGCGUCACCACCGCGCCAAUGGGGAACAAAGAAAGCUCAAUCUGCUUCAACGACGAAGUGAGCCUCAACCACUUCCGCUUGCUUCGAGUCGUAGGAAAGGGUGCCUUCGGAAAGGUGCGGAUUGUCGAACGGAAAGAUACGAAUCUUCAGUUUGCGCUCAAGUAUAUUCGCAAAGAUGAAGUUGUUCGGUCAGAGAGCGUGCGGAAUAUUCUACGGGAGAGAAGGAUGCUGGAGCAUUUGAAUUAUCAAUUCAUUUGCAAUCUCCGAUAUAGUUUCCAGGACAUUGAGUACAUGUACCUAGUAGUUGAUCUGAUGAACGGUGGUGAUCUUCGAUUCCAUAUUUCGAGAAAGACGUUCACCGAAGAGGCGGUCAGGUUCUGGAUUGCGGAGUUGGGAUGUGCUCUCAGAUAUAUACACAAACAAGGGAUCAUUCAUCGAGAUAUCAAGCCUGACAAUGUCUUGUUAGACUCUGAAGGCCAUAUCCACUUGGCAGAUUUUAAUGUUGCCUCGGACUUCACACCUGGAAAGCCAUUGACGAGUAAAUCGGGAACUCUUGCGUACCUUGCACCAGAGGUCUACAAAGGCCACGGCUAUUCUUGUGGUGCAGAUUGGUGGUCGUUGGGUGUACUUUUCUACGAGUGUAUUUACAACAAGAGACCUUUCGAAGGUAGUACACAAACGACGCUGGCAGCCCAGAUCACGAAGGCUGCGCCAAAAUUCCCGAUCACAGAUCCGGCAGUGUCUAUGCCAUGCCUGCAUGCUAUUAGUUCCGCACUUGAGGAGGAUCCCGCCAAGAGAAUGGGCUCUGCCAGCUUUCACAGCUUCACCGACAACCCCUUCUUCCGAGCCAUAGACUUUGAAGCUUUGGAGAGGAAGGAAGUCGAGCCAGUCUUUGUACCAUCAUCAGAGAAGACCAAUUUUGACGCAACCUACGAUCUCGAGGAACUGUUAUUGGAGGAAGCACCAUUAGAAGCCCGGGCACGCCGACAGAAACCAAGAGAGCAACUUAAGGACGAUGCUACCGACAAGGAAAUUCGAGAAGAUGAACUUUACAAGAUGAUCGAAUCCCAGUUCACGCCGUUCGAUUACACAACAGCAGCGUACGAGAGAUACGUUGGAGCCAUAGACCCGAACUCAACCAACAGCGGCCCUUCAACUGACUGGACACAACCCGCGCCGAUGGGUCAAGAUCCCGAAGGAAGUGUAGCAGGAAGUGCUUCACGCUCAAUUAGUAGACGGUCAACUUCGCGAAGAAGGAAGAAUUCCCGAUCACAGCCACCCUCACUCUCUGGCUCGCCGCCUUUGCCUGGCCAGCAGCCACCUCUUCCACAGGGGCAACAAGCUGGCCAAGCAGCGUCCAGUAAACCAUCUGGCCUCAGACAAGUAUCUAAUCAAGGAGCUCAAGCUAACGUACCUCUUUCUCCUUACCAACCAUCGUAUUCGAGACUUCAGCGGCCGACUGGAACUCGGAAAGAGUCGGUGGGUGGUGGAAUGCAGGUCGUAUUAGGGGAGACAGGUAGCUGGUCUGAACUGGCUAAGCACGACACGACAUUGCCUGCUGAUGCAAAGCUUGAAGUCGCUGCAAAACCUACUGGAAUGCUCUCUUUCCUGGGAAGGAAGAAAGGUCGAGGACACAGCCCAAAGCCGCAAGAGCGAGGAAUUCUGGGUAAGGAGGGUGCGAGAGUCGUCAUCGCUAGUGGUGAUUGAGCAACACAAGAAAAGACAGGCAAUACUGGAUUCGGACAGCCACCAAGGCUGAAGACAU